GUAGUUCCGCUUCCGUAUCCUGUUCGUCUGCCCUUGAAAGAGAGAAAGAAAUGUUAACCGGACGAUUGGCUUUUGCGGUUCGUCAAUUAAGCUCUACUGCUAGUAGACUUCAAUUGGUACAGGCACCUGUUCAGGUAUUUGGUGUAGAGGGUCGCUAUGCUCAUGCCUUAUAUUCUGCCGCCGUUAAAGAAAAGAAGUUAGAUUCCGUUGAUAAGGACCUUAAACAGUUGCAGAAAUUGUUGAAGGAUGACGCCCAAUUCUCAGAAUUUGUUAAAAACCCAAGCAUUCAAAGAUUAGAGAAGAAAAAUGCUAUGGAUCAAAUUUUACAAAAGUUGAAAGUUUCCAGCUUAACUUUGAACCUCUUUGGAGCUCUAGCAGAGAAUGGACGACUACCUAAAGCAAACGGCGUAUUAAGCAGUUUCCAGAAAAUUAUGAGUGCCCACAGGGGAGAAAUUGUCUGUUCGGUCACCACAGCUAAAGCUCUAGAUAAAGCAGAGUUGAACGAUUUGGAGGCUGCUUUGAAAGGAUUUUUGAAAAAGAAUCAGUCUCUCUCAUUAGAGACAAAUGUUGAUCCGUCAAUCAUUGGUGGAAUGAUUGUCAAUAUUGGAGAUAAGUACAUCGACAUGUCGAUGGCUAGUAAAAUUAGCACUUAUACGAAACUGUUGAAACAAGCUGUGUAA